CAUGAUAAGAUCAGGUGAAAUCUGUUCAGCUCGGCCCGCGCUGUUGCUAAGCAAAGGCUCGGUGUGUUAGCGCGCACGACGAUAACAUUCAAAUAAAUGCGAAUAAACGCGUGAAUGCUUUGCUUGUAGCGUUUAGACGCCAAGAAAAAGUGUGUAUGCUAAUUGAGCUAAAUUAGCCUGCUAUCAUGUGCGGCGGAGCAUCGUUUGAGCCUUGUUUUUUGUUUUUGCAGGCAUUGCCUCCUUGAGCUAGCUUAUAGUUCUUUGUAAACAAACAUCACACCAGCAAACGCAUGGAAUUAUUUCUCAAGCAUGUUGUUUUAUAUCUUUGUUUUGUUGCUCUUGCAGAAUGAGCUUAUAGCGAGGCAAACCGUAGUAAUCAAUGGGAGAUUUGUAGCUAAAUGUUAGCAGUGCAGCUAUCACUGCAUUUAAAUCCGAUAUUGUUUAUGUUGUGUAUUUUGAAACACAUGCAUUGGAAGUUAGCAUAUGAUAUGAUAUGAGAUGUGAAAGCAUGAAAACGUGAGAGCUGUGUUGGGCUGCUCAGUGUUUCACAUUGUUUAACCUUGCUCGCUGAAAUCCUUCAUGACAUGAAGAUAAGAACACAUGGCUGGUUUAUCGCAAUUCUAGUGCAAGGGGAGCUCUGAAUGCUGUGAUCAAGAAUCAUCUCUGCAUUUUAAGAGGUCACGCCCUACAACAGAGGACUGUAGUUGACCACUUUCCUCCCCAGACCAGGGAGCCACACAGGUCACAUUAGCUCAUAGGAAAAACAUUUAGAAUCAGCCAUGGGAAAGAAGAACCAGAACCGUGAAGAUGAUGAGGCUGCUUCCUCAGAUGAGGAAGAGUAUGUAGUGGAGAAGGUCUUGGACAGGAGAGUUGUGAAAGGCCGUGUGGAAUAUUUCCUCAAGUGGAAAGGCUUUACAGACAAACACAACACAUGGGAACCGGAAAAAAACCUGGACUGUCCAGAGCUAAUCGCAGAGUUCAUGAAGACCUAUAAAAAGGGAAGCAGUGGAAGCACACCCAGCAGCAAGCCCUCCAGCACAGGCUCUUCUUCGGCCCGUCCCAAAGACAGUAGCGGCAGCAGCAGCACAAGCAAGAGGAAAAACUCAGAGGAAGAGAACGGGAGUGGCAGCAAACCCAAAAAGAAAAAGGAGGAUGAGAUUCUUGUAGCAAGAGGGUUUGAGCGAGGCCUGGAGCCUGAGAAGAUUAUUGGAGCAACAGACUCUUGUGGAGACCUUAUGUUCCUUAUGAAGUGGAAGGACUCUGAUGAGGCAGACCUUGUGCUUGCAAAGGAAGCCAAUCACAAGUGCCCACAGAUCGUCAUUGCCUUCUACGAGGAGCGUCUGACCUGGCAUGAAGAUGGCGAUAAGAAGGAAAAGAGUGCCACAGCAGUUUAAACGGCAUAAGGGGGAGGAAAGACAGAAUCCUCCAAACCUUGUGCCCUUUGUCGCACCGGUGACACUCUCAUAGCCAACUUUUAACGGACCAUUUAGAAAAAGAAACAGCCAGCGAGUAAUGGAGGUUACUGCCCACCUUGACAACCUCUGUCCACCCUUCAUGAAACAGCAUCACUCACCAGACAAAAACCCAAAGGCCAUGGCGAACUGUGGCUGCAGCAGAGAGCGGUGGAAUGUGAUCUCUUUUCUCUUACUCUCUCUCUGAUCUUCCUUCUGUUUUGUCAUUAUUUGUGUAUUUGUGCCCCUACAACUAUGUUCUUAUGAUGUGUUGUGUGCUAGUGUAGAUGUGAAACGAUGAAAACCGUACAUGCCAACCUUUAAACUUUAUUCUCAGUUGAUUUCGUAGUAUUGCUGACAUGACUGAAAAAAAUCAGUUGAGGUUCAGCGUUUAUCUGUAACGCUGGAUAAAGGGUUUUUGCAAUCAGGUAGAAAGAAUUUUGCUGUAUCAAUUUUUUUACUGUAAUAAUGACCCAUGUGGGGCAAAAUCUGUGAUUUAUUUUAUAAUCUUUUUUUUUUUUUUUGGCUUCUAAUUGUCAGUAAAGCCACAUUACAGAACUUUACCUUAUGAUUACUUGCCCAGAUUAAAAUUAGGACAAUUAGUUAUUGGCAUUUUUUUUUUUUUUUUUUUACUUUCUCCAUCUAACACCUGUAUAAAAAUUAUAUAACUCUUCUAGUGUCAAAAUUGGCCCUUUUUAACCAUUCUUAAUCUUUAAACGUAUCACUCUUGCUAGUAGGAGGGCAGACAAUCGUCAUCACCUGAGUGUGAAAUGGGACAUUUUUUUUAUCAGUUUCCACACACUUUUUUUCUUUUAUUCAUUUUGCUCUGCAAGUCUAACCGAUAUACUCCCUCUUGUGGCUGAUUUUGGUGAACACAUUCCCUGUUUGACCUCAUGAACUCAGCUGUCCUCAUUCACGUGGUAGAUUAAACAUAUAUUGGGUUCUUAUUACUUUUUUAACCUAGAGUUGACUCAAUAAAAUGGUGUUUAUCAAGGUCACGUGACUACACUGGAGUUUUGUGCUCUGUAGUGUUUUUUUUUUGUUCUUUUACAGAGCCACUGAACAAAGCUACUUACAUUGACAGCCUUUGAGAUCAUUUACAACAGGAAAAGUGUUUUAUUUUAAAAGUAUGGACACAGUCCACUGGCAGUAGAAUAGUGGGAAAGGUUGUUUGCGAUGGAGUUGUUUGUAAUGGGGGGGAAAAGUUUUAAACAUUUAAACAGGGUUGAACAUGUAGUUACCUUUUUUGGUAUGGUUUUUGUUGGAUUGCCAUGAUCAUUUCCACAGAUGAAUCAGUUUUAGCAGUUGUUUUUAAAAUGUGCAACAAUAGAUGUCUUUUUCUAUGUUAUGUGCACAGCCUUUUUUUUAAUGUCAUGUACCAAAUUGUAGUAAAUCUAGUUUUCAACACUAA